AUGGGGCACCUUCCAGGAGCCUUCCCGGCCCCCAGGGCUGCAGCCCCACCUACUGUCCAGCCGCUGGGCCCCCACCAGGGCAGCAGCUGGAUGCGCCAAGGCCAUCCUGACUAUGGUGAGAAGCUGACCAGUGUGACAGACGGCCGGGGCGUCCGGGCUGCACUGUCCACGCAGAGGGCAGAGGACUCCAGCGAGAGCCGUGAGGAGGAGCAGGCGCCCAAUGGUCGGGACCCGAACAUGCUGUUUUCUGGGGGGGCUGGAAGGCUGCCCCCCCUGAACCUCACCCAUCAGGCACCCUCGUGGCGGGAGGAGUAUAAGGGGCAGGUGAACUUACACGUGUUCGAGGACUGGUGUGGGGGCGCCGUGGGCCACCUGAGGAAGAACCUACACUUCCCACUGUUCCCUCAUCCUCCUGAGCCCCUGUCCUGUGGCCUAGGAGACGUCCAGUUCUCUGUGGCUUCAGAUGACAACUCUGAGUUCUGGCUGAGCCCAAAUGAGAGCCCGGCAGGUGCCCAGCUGGUGGCCUUUGUGGGCAAGACUGGCUUGGAGUGGACGGCCCCUGGAGAGUUCACCAAGUUCAGCUCACAGGUGUCCAAGCCCAAACGGCUCAUGGCCUCCCGGAGGUACUACUUUGAGCUGCUGCACAAGCAGGACGACCGAGGCUCAGACCACGUGGAAGUGGGUUGGCGAGCCUUCCUGCCUGGCCUGAAGUUUGAGGUCAUAGGCUCUGCUCACCUCUCCCUGUACACAGAUGAAUCAGCCCUGAAGAUGGACCAUGUGGCCCAUGUCCCACAGUCCCCAGCCAGCCACGUGGGGGGGCACCUGCCACAGGAGGAGCCCAGAGCCGACAUGCUGAGGCCGGACCCCCGGGACACCUUCUUCCUGACUCCUCGCGUGGAGCCUGCGAGCCUGGAGAAUGUGCUGGAGCCCUGCGCCUACGCCCCCACCUAUGUGGUCAAGGACUUUCCUAUCGCGAGAUACCAGGGACUACAGUUUGUGUACCUGUCCUUCGUUUAUCCCAAUGACCACACGCGCCUCACUCACAUGGAGACGGACAACAAGUGCUUCUACCGCGAGUCACCGCUGUACCUGGAAAGGUUUGGGUUCUAUAAGUACAUGAAGCUGGACCAGGAGGAGGGGAGAGACGAGCCGGCGCAGCGCCGAGCCUUUCUGAGGCCCCCCGCCCGGGCACAGGCCGCCCCGGGGAGCCGGGAGGGCCAGGCACGGCCGCUGGGACUCGCAGCGCCCACGGAGAACUUGAACGCGUCCUCCGAAACGCGACCAGCGACCUCCUUCCUGAGCUGGUCCCAGGUGUCCAGGCCGCAGCUGCCUGGGGAGGGGGAGGAGGGGGAGGAAGAGGAGGAGGGGGCCCCCGACGACGAGGCUGCGUCAGAAGACAGCGAGGAGGCCGCAGGCCCCGCGCCCGGCCGCUGGCGCGAGGAGGCCAUCAACUGGCAGCGCACCUUCAGCGUGGGCGCCGUGGACUUCGAGCUGCUGCGCUCCGACUGGAACGACCUGCGCUGCAAUGUGUCCGGGAACCUGCAGCUGCCUGAGGCCGAGGCCGUGGACGUGGUGGCUCAGUACAUGGAGCGGCUCAACGUGCACCACAGCGGGCGCUACGCGCUCCUGCGGAUCGUGAACGUGGAGAAGCGCCGGGACUCGGCCCGCGGGAGCCGCUUCCUGCUGGAGCCAGGUGCGUGCCGGCGCGGGGGCGCUGCGGGGUGGCGCCUGGCUCGGGAGGGGAAGCUCUCGGUGCCCCGCGGGAAGGGCAGGCAGCGCCCCUGGUCCGACGGCGCGCCCUGCGCGGUGCGGUCGAGCCGGGCGCAGAGGCCCCAUCUUCUCCCAGUGAAGAACCAGGCCCGCUGGGUGGCCCAGUUCCUGGCGGACAUGGCCGCGCUGCGCGCGCGCACCGGGGACUCGCACUUCAGCGUCGUCCUGGUGGACUUCGAGAGCGAGGACAUGGACGUGGAGCGGGCUCUGCGCGCCGCGCAGCUGCCGCGGUACCAGUACCUGAGGCGAACCGGAAACUUCGAGCGCUCCGCAGGGUUGCAAGCGGGAGUGGACGCGGUGGAGGACGCCAGCAGCAUCGUCUUCCUCUGCGACCUGCACAUCCACUUCCCCCCGAACAUCCUGGACGGCAUCCGCAAGCACUGCGUGGAAGGCAAGCUGGCCUUUGCGCCUGUGGUCAUGCGCCUGGGCUGCGGCAGCUCGCCGGGGGACCCACAUGGGUACUGGGAGGUGAACGGCUUCGGCCUCUUUGGGAUCUACAAGUCGGACUUCGACCGCAUCGGAGGCAUGAACACUGAGGAGUUCCGGGACCAGUGGGGUGGCGAGGACUGGGAGCUCCUGGACAGGGUCCUGCAGGCGGGGCUGGAGGUGGAGCGGCUCCGGCUGAGGCACUUCUACCACCACUACCACUCCAGGCGGGGCAUGUGGGCCGCACAUAGCCGAGGCCGGAAGGGGGAGGGACCCUGAUGCCCGGAGACAGCCCCUGCUGCAGUCCUGAGCCUGGUUCCUGGAGACCCAGGGGCUCACCACAGGGCACAGCCCCAACCAGUGCCUGCCCACUCUGGCCCCCACCCUCCCUCCAGAGGCCGCCCAGCUCGGGUCAGGCCCGGCUCGUCCCCACACUCUGUGCAAUGAUUUCUGUGAAAUUUUGCUGUAGCGAUGACAUUGUUUUCAGGAUUUCCAAGAGUUCUGUCUGUUCCGUUUUUUAUUCAGAAUGAAAUGAAAUAUUUUUUUUAGUUCUGA